AUGUCUACGACGCAUGAAGACGAGGCGGCCUCGUCUUCGAAGAUAACGCCGCCGCCUCUGUCGCUCGAGGGCGCCGUGCCGGCGUUCUCGAUGCCGGCCUUCGACGGGACGUCCCCUGCCUCGGCGGGCAGGGAGGCAGAGCCGCUGCCCAAGGCGUCGCCCUCGCUGUCCAGCAGCUUGGGCAGCGCAAGUGGUGUCAUGCCACCGUUCUUCACGAGUCGGCACCGCAACAGCACCGACGUCGCACCCGAGACGACCGAGGCGCCCACGGGCCUGCGCCAGGCCAUGCGCCAGGCAUGGCACAUGCUCCCUGGCUUCCGCAAAAGUAGCGGUCACUAUGGCGAGAUGGACGAGAGUCCUGACGACGGGGCGUCUCGUGGCGCGCGCCGAUGGCGCGACACCGACGCACCUGUGGCGCAUGGCGCGGCAGAAACGUCGCUGCAGCGCAUCGACAGCAGCGCCUCUCAUCGUUCCCUCGCUUCGAGUAACGAGAGUGCACCGAGCCCCCCGUCACGCACUAGCUCGCUGCAGCGCUCGCUGCAUGCGCACCCCAUGUCCGAGAUACCCGAGCACCAAGAGGUGGCCUCUGCACCGACAGGCGCGCCGGCGGCGCCCGGCAGCGAGGCGGUGUCGAGAACGACGCCGCUCGUGCCGCUGCCGCCGCCGCCGCCGGAACCGCCGAUGAGCGAGAAACGUGCCAUGUUUCUGCGUGCGCGGACCAAGAGCAUCGACCACAUGCACAAGUUCCUCAACCUGAAAAACUUUGCCAAGGACAAGGCACGGAAGUACAAGCGAGAUCCGCCACCGCCGCCUAUGAUGUCGGCACCGAUCGGCGUGUCGGCCUCGGACUCGUCCACCUCCCCAGGAUCCACGCCGCCAUCCACGCACCCUCCUGACCCCCCUGUACAGCCCGUGACGAUCGAGACGGCGCCCCUGGCUCCCGCACCCCGCAUGACCGGCAAGACGCCGCCUAUGCUCUCUCCCACCAUCACACCCGUGCAGCCGCUUGCGCCGUCGCCAUCGAGUGCCUCGUCGCGCACGUCCAAGCCGCCGUCGCCGUCGUCUCCGCCGUCCGCGUCGCCUGUGGCGAUCUCUUGCAACGAGCAGCGUGCCGAGCCGACGUCCGUUGCUGAGGCGGACGCGAACGAUAGCCCAGCCAAGCCGCCGUCCUCGUACUCGGUCACCUCGCUCGAGACACGCACGUCGCUCGCGACCGCGCACGACUCGAUGGACCGCAGCUUCCACUCGCCGGACAAGCAGCUGCGCCGGCGCUCGAAUAGCGUGCCAGGCACGUCGAUGGCCACACCAGCGCAGCGUAUCGUAUCGCGCGAUGCCUCUGACUCGUCGGACGACCGCAUGCGCGUCGGAGCGCUCGCUCUGGUAUCUGAUGACGAAGAGGGCGACUAUGAGCAGCUAUCGCCGCCUACGCACGACAUUUCGAUGACAUCGUCCGUGCACGACGUGUUUGUCGAGCAUGGCUGGUCAACGCAUGCGCCGCAGUCCGAGCAUGACGGCGCUCAAGAACUUCUUGAUAAUCUCGGGCUCGAUACCCUCGAAGCACCACAGAGGCGUGAUGCUGCGCCUCAUGCACUGCACCUGAAACCGUCCAUGGAGCGCGACAAGAUCGUCGAGCGCGGCACGGAGCUACCUGCCCUGCCAGGCGAGGCGUUCGGCGUCGCCCAUGGUGAUAUGCCUCACGAGGCGGCGGAGCAGUCCGCAUCGGCACCUGUGCCUGCCACCGUGAUACCCUCGCCACCAGCAGCGCCCCUCUCUGCGCCGGUCUUGUCCGACGGCCACGACGCGCAGCUGGAGCAUGACGCGCGGUCUCGUCCCUUGACUCGCAUACUCGAGCCCCUCAACAUCAAGGCGUUGAGUGAGCAAGAAGCGGAAGCGACGUCCCCGCCGUGGCCGCUUCGGUACAAGCCACGAAGCGCUGAGACGGAGCCUGCGCCGGCUCCCGCCCCCAUGCCGGCCAGUAGCCCGCGUGGCUCGCUGGACGAGGCGGCGGGGCGUCGGUCCGAGGACGAUACAUCGAUGCGUGUGCCGCGGCCGUUGCGUGGCUCCAAGUCAUCGAGUCUGCUCACAGCUGUAGCGUCGCAGGCGCAUCGGAUCAAGAAAAAUGCACGCGAGGCAUGGCCGCCGUCAGCGCACGAAGAUGCCUCGUUUGGCGCGGACGAGGAAGAGCGCCGCUCACUACCGCCGGCACCGCCACCACCGCCUCCUCCCAUGACCUCGCCAUCGAGCCAGCCCGAGACGCCCAUGUCGAUGUACCGCACGAAACGCAACAAGAGCCAGCCGACGCUGCGCAUCGCCGACGACCGCGAGUUUCUCGAGGCACUGGAGCAGGUGCGUAUGCAGCACAAGGAGCGCAUGGCGCAUCGUGAGCGCGUGCGGUCGUCGCGCAAGGCGAGCAUGCCGAAUCUCCGCAUGCCGCCGUCGCCGCACCGGCCGCCAUUGCCGAUGAGCCGCGCGUGCUCGAGUGGUGCGGAGGAUCGCUCGGGGCGCAGUCGCGCAUGGUCGUUGGCCAGUCGGGCGGAGCGUGAGUCGGUGCGUCUGAGCCAUUCGCCGGAGCCGCCGGAUGUGUCGACGAGCUUUUUGGAGGUGGAGAGCGUAGGAUCGUCGUCGCAUUCGUCCGUGAUCGUUGACGAAGCGCCGCCAGGCGACAAGGGCGAGGACGAGGAUAGUCGCGACGUUGUCAGCAAUGACGACAGCGACGAUCACGACCAGGAGGAGGCCGACGGCGACGACGACGGCAGGGCCAGCAGCCGGGCCGGCUCAGCCAUGUCGGACCCGAUUCCGAAUGAGCUCGGCAUUGGGCACACGACCGGCAAUGAGCCCAGCGCGCCGUUCACGAAUGACGAUGACUGGAAGAAGGAAGUCAAGGCGCUGUUCCUCAUUCGCGAACUUGUGCAGACGGAGCGCAGUUAUGCUGCGCAUCUAGAGAGCCUGCUGAUCGUGGUGCUCAAGUGGGCAGGCAGGUCGUCCACCCGCAUGCAAAAGAACGUGCUCAUGCCGUCGCAGCCGCUGAGCACGCCGCAGCGCACGCCGAGCACCACGCCAGCCGUGCCGCCGCACCUAGUGACGCUGCGCAACAUGCUGCCGAAGCUCAUCUCGGUGAGCCGCGUGCUCGUGUACAGCAUUGAAGACAGCCCGACGAGCGAGGGCGUCGCACGUGCCUUCCUGUCGAUCCGCCCGCGGCUCGAGGAAGUGCAUGUAAGCUGGCACGCCGUCGUGGGUGCUACGCUGCGUGUGAUGCGGUCGACGGAGGCGUCGAAGAGCAAGAGCAAGGGCCGCCUGGGGCGCGUGCCGGUAGCGCCUGCCACGGCCGAGAUCAUGCGCAAGAACAUGCGCCCUGACCUCGUGCAUGGCAGCGAUGCGUCGCCGGAGUCGGACCGGCGCGACAAGUCGCGGUCGACGGCCGACGCUGCGCCGAAGGAGCUGAGCGCCGUGGACGUGGCCAUCAUGCCGACGCAGCGUAUCCCGCGCUACGUCCUGCUCCUCCGCGACUUGCUGUCGCACACGAGACCUGAUUCAGAGGCGUACCAAGUGCUGCACCAGGCGCUCGAGUCCGUGCAAGAGCUGGGCUACCGCUGUGACCAGGCCUCGACGCACACGCAAUAG